ACAGACACAGAAGGCCACAUCCACACAUAUUAGAUAAUGAAUUUAUAAAUAGACAAAUCAAGUUUGGGAUGAAACCUGAUUGAGAAGGAUGGCCAGGUCAAAGGGGCGACUAUAUGCAUGCAUCGCACUGAUAGUGCUCUUCUGCGUCAUUGUCGUGUCUGUAUGCAUCAGUCAAUUUACGAGGCGUGGAUGUCCAAAAGAUUCCUUCUCUCAUGGUGCAGUCGCUGCAGACACUGGCACAUGUUCACAGAUUGGACGGGACAUGCUUCAAAAAGGGGGUUCAGCGGUAGAUGGCGCCAUUGCUGCGCUGGUCUGCACUUCUCUCCUGAACCCACAGAGUAUGAGCCUCGGGGGCGGAGCCAUUUUCACAGUGAUGGAUAGCGCUGGCAAAGUAAAAAUCAUCAACGCCAGAGAGCGUGUCCCUGGGAAGUAUAAUGCUGACACACUGAAGUCCUGUCCCAAUCCCCCCAGGUUCGUGGCAGUGGCUCCCUCUCCCACUGGUGUAUGGAUUGGAAUCCCAGGAGAACUCCGUGGUUAUGAAGAAGCACACAGGCUUUAUGGCAAGUUGCCAUGGGCAACACUCUUCCAGCCAAGCAUCAAGUUAGCCAGACAGGGGUUUCCAAUUCCAAAAAUCCUUGGUCAAUACCUGCCUCUGAUUCCUUCCAAUGAGUCGCAACCACUUCGUGAGCUGUUCUCCGAUGAAAAUGGAAACCUGCUGCAAACAGGAGACAUUGUAAAAUUUGAGAAGCUAGCCGACACAUUGGAAACCAUUGCAAAACGUGGAGCAGAUGUUUUCUACAUUGGAAAAAUCGCAGAAGAUUUAGUCCGAGACAUACAGGAGGCAGGAGGGGCAGUAACAUUGGAAGACUUGGCAUCCUACAGAACAACCGUUAGUGAUGCCUGGACUAUUCCUUUGGGAGAAUACCAGAUGUAUAGCGCUCCACCACCAGGAGGAGGCAACAUCCUUAAUUUCAUACUAAACAUCAUGAAAGGAUAUGACCUGAAACCGACAUCACUGAGAGGUGAACAAAAAUCACUGUUUUAUCACCGCUACAUAGAAGCACUCAAAUUUGCCAACGGAUUAAAGAAAUAUUCCAAUGAUCCUGUAUACAGUGCAAAUAUCACCAAGUACAGUUUCGCCGAUCACAUCCGCAGUUUAAUCAGCGACAAAAUGUCACAUGAGCCGCAGUAUUACGACAUGACACCCUUCCUGGAGAGUAUGGGCACCACACAUGUCUCAGUGCUGGCCCAGGAUGGAUCUGCUGUGUCUGUCACCAGCAGCAUCAACCACCUAUUUGGCUCAAGAGUCUUAUCGACCAGCACAGGAGUCAUCCUCAACAGUCAGCUGUGUGAUUUCUGUGAAAGAGUUGAUCGCUUAGUCGCAGGGGACCAGCCUCCUUCAUCCAUGGCUCCUACUGUGCUCAAGUCCAAGUCAAAGGUGCUGGUUAUUGGAUCCACAGGCGGUAGCAUGAUCACCACUGGAAUGGCUUCAGCAAUUAUGAACAACCUUUGGUUAGGAAAGAGCCUUAAGGAGGCAAUUGCUGCUCCAGUUCUUUAUGUCGAUUCUGAAAAUGCAGUGAAGUUUGAAUCCAACUUUGAUAAGGACGUAAUCGAGGAUCUGAAAACUCUAGGACAAAUUCAUAAACCUACUAGGAAGUUUUUCAAUGUUGUAAAUGCUGUGGAGAAGGAGGGUGGAUGCAUCAGUGCAGUGUCUGAUGCAAGGAAAAUGGGUAAAGCAGUUGGUUACUGAUGGUUUGGCAGCAAAAUUUGAGGAGGUUAAAACAAAAGUUUAACAGUUUUUUCCCUCCCCAAAACAUGCGGAAUGCACACCAGAAAGAGCAUCUGAACUCACAUACACACAAGUAUUCUGAAAUUGAUUGUCCGGACAUGAGGCCGAUUGCAAUUCAUUUCAACAUUUAGAAUAUGGACACACCACAAAAAGAGUAAGAAUUGUUUUGACUCCUGUUAAAAAGGUGAAGUCAGUGUUUCUAUUUACUGUACAUUUUUCUUUUGCACUAGUAAAUGCCAGCAGCAUUUGACCUCAUUGUUUGUGAUUUAUUAUUGAUAUUUAUGUUUUUAAACGUUAAUAAAGAAUUUAAGUGUUCCAAAAUGUUUUUUAUGAAUUAAUAAGCUUAAAAAAAUAUUCAUUAAAUUAGUAAAAAAAAAAAAAAAAAUUAGAUUAGUCGACUAAUCGUGAAAAUAGUCGGCUGACUAAUCGGGAGAAAAUUAGUCGUUUGGGACAGCCCUCGAUUAAUCGAUUAAGUCAAGUAAUUCUGUUAGAAGAUUUGAAUCAAUUUUUCCUGCUUUGAGUAUUGUUUAAUUAAAGUGGCGUUGUAACAGUUUGUUUUGAACGUGUUUGCAUUAAUUUUUUGUUGAUUUGGGUGGAUUUUAAUGCAUUCUUGAUUUUGUUUAUAGGUAUAUUUAGCUUUUUGUGGGAAUAUGUGUUUGAACUAUUUGUAAAACUAUUUGUAAAAAAAAAAAAAGUUAGGAUUUUAUAGCAUUUAAGCUAGCGGACUUUUGCUAUGGAAAUUAGCCAACUUUCUUUUGCUUUACUUAGAUCCUCAAUUAUUUAUACCGUUUGAGGCUAAACUCAAACUUCGAACUAACUAGUUCAUAGAUUAAUCGACUACUAAAAUAAUCGAUAGCUGCAGACUUAAUUGGGUUUACACAUUAAAAAAGCAAAGGCACAUACAUGACUUUUGAAUCUUUAAAGCAGCUGUAAAGAAGGUUUUAACAUGAAAUAGAAUUCGGUAUGCUUUCUUCUGGUUGAUUUUACACUCAAAACAGUGUUGCAGUAAAAUUAAAUUCAAAUGUCAUAUUUAGGAAAACUUGAAACCACCAGCGAUGUACUCUUUUUUU